AUUUUUACGUUGUCUCCCCUCAUUCGUUUUCCACAGCAAUAAUAUGUUCCUUCUGGGAAAGCGCCUUCAAUCAUGCUAUAUGCCUAUAAAUUUUUAUAGCCUCCAAGAGUUUUCCACACCCCCACACGCAAAAAAUACACAUCUCUGGUAUUUAAUUGCUUUCGUUAAUUACCUUGUUCAAAUUCGGUUCUCAUGGGAAGCAUUGUUCAAACUCUGUUUGUACAACAGCCUUCUACCUUGGCUUCUACUUCUUCUACUCCUCCCGAUCAGUGCAAGACAUGGGAUGCUUUCAUUAGUUUUAGAGGCAAAGAUAUCCGUCAGGGUUUUGUCUCCCAUCUCCAUGAUGCAUUGCUGCGAAAACAGAUCAAUGCCUUCUUGGAUAAGAACCUUGAUAAAGGACAAGAGAUCUCAAGUUCUCUCUUGGAAACAAUUGAAAAAUCAUACAUCUCAGUGGUGAUUUUCUCUGAAAAUUAUGCAGAUUCCCCAUGGUGUUUGGAUGAGCUUGUGAAGAUACUUGAAUGCAAGAAAACAUCAGGACAAAUGGUCCUACCAAUUUUUUAUCAUGUAGAUCCAGCUGAUGUUCAAGAAUUGAGAGGGAAUUUUGGGAAGGCAUUUCGUAAACAUAAAAAAGAUGUAAAAAAGGAGAAGGAAUGGCGCCAUGCUUUGAAAGAAAUCAGCAACUUAGCAGGAUGGGACUCAGAGUCACGGAAUAUCAAGUCUGAGUCCGAACUAGUUGAGGAAAUAGUAAAUGUUGUUUUGGAGAAAUUAAAUCACAUCUUUAAAGGUAAUUACGAGAAUGAUGAUUUAGUUGGAAUUGAAUCUCGGGUGAAGAAAAUGGAAGAAUUAUUAUUUUCUGAAUCAAUAAAUAAUAAACGAGUUGUAGGAAUUUGGGGGAUGGGAGGUAUUGGAAAGACAACUCUUGCUGAAGAAGUAUUUCAUCGAAUCAAGGCUAAAUUUGAGAGUCACUGCUUUGUUGCCAAUGUUAGGGAAGAAAUAACGAAGCAAACAUCAAAUGCUUUGCGAGAUAAAAUCUUCUGUCAAUUGUUAGGAGAGAAAGAUGGAUAUAUAGGUACGCCUCGUCUAGGGGAUUUCACGAGGACAAGACUUCAGAGUAAAAAAGUACUCCUCAUCUUUGAUGAUGUAGAUGAUUCAUAUGUUUUAAAGGGUUUAGGUGGAAACCGUGAUUGGUACAAUAAGGGAAGUAGAAUAAUUAUAACCAGCAGAGAUAGGCAAACACUCAUAAAUGUUUGCCUUGAGGAGCAUAUAUAUGAGGUUAAAGAAUUAAUUGAUCAUGAAGCUCUCCAUCUCUUUAGCUUAUAUGCCUUCAAACAAGAUCAUCCCAAAGAAGGAUAUGAGAAGCUAUCGGAGAUCGCAAUAAGAUAUGCUCAAGGCAAUCCGUUGGCUCUUAGAGUUUUAGGCUCUAAUUUGUAUAGUAAGGGUAUAGAAGAUUGGGAAAGUGAGUUGAAAAAAUUGAAAGAAAUUCCUGAUUUGAACAUUCAAAAAGUCCUGAGAAUAAGUUAUGAUAAUCUAGAUCGUUAUCAAAAAAGUAUAUUUCUUGAUAUUGCAUGUUUCUUUAAGGGGGAGCCUAGAGGUCGUGUUGAGGGAAUACUGGAUGCUUGUGGUUUAUCUGCAAGAAGUACAAUAGGUCGUCUAAUUGAUAAAUCUCUCAUAACCAUUUCAUCAUCCAAUUAUGUUGGUAUGCAUGACUUGUUGCAACAAAUGGGCAAGGAAAUUGCUUAUGAGGAAUCCAAACAACCUGGAGCAAGCAUCAGGUUAUGGAAUUACAAUGAUAUUUGUCGUGUAUUGUCAACAGAAAUGGGAACUCAAAAUGUUGAAAGCAUAUUACUUAACAUGUAUGAGGCGAAGGAUAAUUUGGUGCUAAGUUCCACAGCCUUCAAGAAGAUGUACACUCUUAGAUUCCUCAAAUUCUUCAAUGUUUCUAAUUCCGGACAAGGACAAGUGCUGCUUCCUAGCGGCCUUGAAUUUCUACCAGAAGGGCUAAGAUAUCUUUACUGGGAUAGAUACCCUUCGAAGUAUUUGCCUUUGAAGGGUUGCACAAAAUAUCUUGUAGAACUCCACAUGCCUAGUAGCAACCUCAAAGAACUUUGGAAUGGAGAUGAGGCAAGAGUUACUGAUCUUGGAAAUCUGAGACUUUUAGACCUCAGCCACUCUUUUGAGCUGACCAGAGUUCCAGACUUGUCUAGCGUCCCAAAUCUUGAGUUUUUACGUUUGAGUCGUUGUUUAAGUUUGAUUGAGAUUCCUAGCAGCAUUGGCGAGUUAAAAUGUCUAAAGGAACUUAAUCUAUCUGUUUGCUCAAAACUGCAUAGUAUUCCCCGAAGCAUCUGCAAUCUGAAAUCUCUUACACUCCUUGAUAUCUCAUGUUGUCGGAAUGUCAAUGGAUUGCCAGAGAACAUAGGGAAUUUAGAAUUGCUGCAGAAACUUGAAAUAUCUUCAAGUAGAAUAAAAGCAUUACCAUCCUCCAUCAAUCAAUUGAAAAAUUUGGCUUCCUUAGUGUGUAGUGGCUGCGAAGGUUUGACAUUGCCUCCUUUGACAGGUUUGUCCUGUUUACUGGAUAUGGAAUUAGGUUACUGUGGUAUAUUAGAAAUUCCCCAGAAUCUUGGGUGUUUAGUGUCAUUGAGAUCCUUAUAUUUAAAUGAAAGCAAUUUUGAGAGUAUACCUGCAAGCAUUAAACAACUAUCUCAGUUGGAAAUACUUUCGUUAGAUGGUUGCAAGAGACUUAAAUUAUUACCAGAGCUUCCAUGCUUAAAAUUGUUGCGUGCAUCGGGUUGCACAUCUUUGGAAUCUGCAUCAACUUCAUUCCUUUUCACAGAACACGAAGUCAAAGAUGGAACUGCAACUUUUCUUGAAUUUCGUAAUUGCAUCAAUUUGGAAAAGGAGAAAGUAAUGGAGGAUGUAUUGGAAACGCAUCUGUUGAAAGACGAGAUUGUAGAAUUAUGUAUACCCGGGGAUGAAGUGCCUCAAAGGAUGAGAUAUAAGAACCAGAGUGGAUCUUCAAUCUCAUUCACGCUAGAUAAGCCAAACUUGAUUGGUGUUUCUUUAUGCCUUGUUUUUGAUCCCAAAAAUCAUUAUGUUUCUCCUGGUAGGCUUAUUUGCAAAGCCCAAUUCAUUGAUAAAUCUGGACAUAACAGUAAAAAUUCCAAUUUUGAUUUCAUUUAUUCAUGGGCGGUUCAUGGGUUAGGAUCAAAACAUGUGUGUCUUUGGAAUAAAUUGUUCUACAUGGAAGGCAGUUUCGUUAGGGCCUCAUUUCAGUUCUGCCUUGACAAGUACCCAUCCUCACUUAAAUGUGUGGGUCCAUAUACCGAGGGUAUAAUUAAAUGUGGGGUACAUCCUAUAUAUGUUCAAGACAAUGGUGGUUGCAGAGAUAAAAAGAGAAGCAGAAAUCAAGAAGAUGAGGAAGAAGAACCUUCUCCCCUUAGAUUGAAACAAGACCAAAAACCUUACAACAGCUUCAAACUCAGUUGCACGACCCUUCUUUUAUCACUUAUCAUGGCUUCUACUUCUUCAACCAGUCCCAGCUAUGAUGUUUUUAUUAGCUAUAGAGGCAAAGAUAUUCGAGAUGGUUUUGUCUCCCAUCUCUUUAAUGCUUUCCAGCAAAAACAAAUCAAUACCUUCUUGGAUGAAAACCUUUGUAAAGGAGAAGAGAUCUCACCAGUUCUCUUGGCAACAAUUGAAGAAUCAUAUGUCUCAGUGAUGAUUUUCUCUGAAAAUUAUGCCGAUUCCUAAUGGUGCUUGAAUGAGCUUGUGAAGAUACUUGAAUGUAGGAAAACAUCAGGAUAAAUAGUACUACCAGUUUGUUAUUUUUGUGGCUUGAAUUUUGAAUAUAUUUUUCA